AUGUUCGGCUUAAAAAAAUCCAGCUCUGCCCUCUACGACAUAAUGUUUUUAAUUUCUCGGAUAGCGGCGAUCCUCGAAAGAAUAAACAAAAGGUAAUUAUCAAAAAGUAGAGACUCUAUUGAUAAAAGGAAAAUUUCAGUUUGAAGCGGACAAAGUCGGAAACUAACCACCGCAUUUUCAAAAGUUUCGGAACAUUUAUCGUCGAAAAAAAGAAUUUUUCUCUGAAGUUACGCUCCAGGUGUGUAACCUCAUCUUAUUUACAGAAAAACAUUUUUUUAUUCAGAUUUCAAUAA